UGCGCGGUGAGGCCGGUCAGGUGGAAUGGCGGGGUUCGCGGAGCUGAACGUGCCGGCGCUGGCGGACAGGAAGGUGUUGCGGGGCGUACUGGAGGCGGCGGCGCGGCUGGGAUACUCAACUGUUGCAGUUAACCAUGUCAUUGAUUUUAAAGAAAAGAAACAGGAAAUUCCUAAACCGAUCUCUCCUUCAGAACUGCUUCCAUCUUUGCCUAUAAUACCGGGAAAAUUGAAACCAAUCAAAAUUGUAACCCGACUAACGCUUGUAGUUUCUGAUCCGUCUCACUGCAAUGUGUUGAGGGCAACAUCUUCAAAUAUAAGGUUAUAUGACAUCAUAGCAGUGUUUCCAAAGACAGAGAAACUCUUUCAUGUCGCUUGCACAAAUUUAGAUGUGGAUCUCAUCUGCAUAAGUGUAACAGAAAAGCUGCCAUUCUACUUCCGAAGACCACCUGUUAACAUGGCAAUAGAUCGAGGCAUUUACUUUGAAGUCCUUUACACCCCAGCCAUCAAAGACUCCACAAUGAGAAGAUACACAAUUUCAAAUGCACUCAGUCUGGUGCAGAUCUGCAAAGGAAAGAACGUAAUUCUAUCUAGUGCAGCUGAACGGCCUUUAGAACUGCGAGGUCCUUAUGAUGUAGCUAAUCUAGGCUUAUUGUUUGGCCUUUCUGAAAGUGAUGCCAAGGCAGCUGUUUCAACCAACUGCAGAGCCAUCCUUCUCCAUGGAGAAACCAGGAAGACAGCCUGUGGUGUGGUAUACACCAUGAAGAAACCUCAACUGGUUGAGGAGGAAGAAGAGACCCUUCCAGCAUGCAAAAGAGUCAAGACUCAAGUAUGAGGAUCAAAACCAGAAGGCACUUCCUCUCACCUUCCUCCCAACCCCUUCCUGGAUUCACUACUUCACUGUUCAGAAUGGAGUAUAUACAUUUUUAUAUAUGUAUUUAAGUAAAAGAGAUGCAGGAAUAGGGCUGAUAUAUUAACAGUGCUUCACCACAGCCAAAAGCUCUUUCUUUUGGUUUCAGAGGGCUAAGCUGCUUCGCCUGUUUAGAGUCAUGGUCUACUCCCAACCCUAUUCUCAGUCAUGGGGGUAAGAAACAUUGCAGUAUUAGAAUUUAAAAAUGUUACCACAAGUUGUAUGACUUUGUUUCUUUCUAUAUUAAAAUAAUUUUCCAAUGAGCCCUUUUA